AUGGCAGACGACUUGCUGCUCGUGCCCUUGCAACUACAGGCAUUUGUGCUCAACCCCAAGGUCUGCAACGAGGAUGGCGACGAUGGUGCGCGUAUCACACCCAUCACGCAGCCGAAUUACACCUUCCUUCGCCUUGACAAAUUCGUCCUCCAAAGCGAUGUGCUCAGGCACGCCGAUAUGCACAAUGCGGCCCCAUCAACUACGAAUUCGAGGAUGACGGACCUGGGCGCGAGAGACCCGGAUUCCGCUGCCCGUCGAAACCGCCAUGGCGUUUACGUGCAUUGGAUUUUACCCCAGCUCUACCGUACUGGCCUGGCCCUGUCUGAUUCAGUGCCAGACUCGCGGCGCAACAAUGAGCGACUCCGGCGUGGACUACCCCCAAGAGACAGCAAUGACACCGCCAGCAAGCCCAGCAAGUCGGCUGAGUAUCCGCAGACGCCAACACGAUGGAUCAUGGUGCGCAAACUGGACCUGGACAGCAUCGACCCCCCAACAGCCAAGUCCAGCUUCAAGGAGUACCAAGCCUGGGUCAUAGAGAGCGAUUACCUCUGGAAGUUGGAUUGUAUUCCUCCCGAGCACGACUUGGAGGUCGACAUGGCUCCUUUUCUCAUGGGCGUGGCCGACGGGGCGAAGGCCGACAUCGUGCAGCAAGCCGAGGUGUUCAUCGGUAGGAAGACGCCGCUGGAGGAGUGGAAACCAUCUUCCGAUGACCGUUACAUCGACAACCUCAGUCUUCUCCGCAGCAACAACCAACUUUUUGCCGACUUCCAAAUGCACAACUCCAACGUCUUUAGUACACUUGACAACUUUGCCUACCGUGGGAAAGACGGAUCUCGGCAGUACCUCAACAAAGCCAAGGCGAGCUACUACCUCCUCGGAUGGCACAAGGAUGACGCUACGGACCCUCUUUACGACGCCACCAAGCAGUUUACCCACGCUCAGAAGCUGGAUGCGCUGUCCAUGACACUCACCCAGAGCGGCAUUGACGACGUGACCAAGGCGUGGCUCGAGUCGGACGGCCCGGCGCGCUUGUGUUGCCACGGUGCCAUGUACGAUGUGAAGUGGGAUCAUGACUCUAAACCCACCACGGUCCCGGCGGAUAAGUAUGCGGCACGGAUAAAGAACCAAGAGCUGCCAGCACUUGCGGUUGGAACGUCGCCAAUAGACGCCCUGAUCACCUACAUCAAAGCCCGCCAAUCUCAUGAAACCGACUCGGACGUCAUUGCCAAGCUAGAGGAGGACAUUCUCGCCAUCGAUUCUCUGCUUCAUGCCCGCGACGACGGCGUCGAAGGCCAACGCGAGGCCAAAGACACCGUGUACAACUGGAACUUUUCCCGUUCCAAGGGGGGCGGUCACUUCUUCCUCGGCGGAGAAGAUUCCUCAGGGCGCCCGACGAAGCCCAGCAAGGAGUCUAUCCGAGCUCUAAACGAGAUCAACCAGCUUCAGGUGCAGCUUGACGGCUAUGAACGGCUGCUCCGCCAGCGGAGCUGGGAGAUGUUUUCGCUCUGGUGGAAAUACGUCACCGAUGUGUCUCACAUGAACCGACCAACUGAAAACCCAACGUACAAGAAGGAUACCGCCGACCUCGCCCAGCGGAUUAGCGGCGUCAAGUCCCGCAUAGCCGACCUCCAAGCAUUGAUCAAGAACAUGAAAAAAGAUGUCAACUUGGGCCAGGUGAAGGAGGGAGCUCAGCCCUUUUUUUAUCGUGCCCGCGACCCUACCUUGCUCGUCGGCGGUGUCGAGUCGGGCUGGCCCUCUGACUUCUCUUCCAAUGUCUCGGUCCGGAUCCCCGUUCAGACCGUGGUAUCUGAAAAGGUCCCGGCAGCUGUGAGCGGGCUGGCUGUUGACAUACAAAAAGUUUUCCCGGAGACGGCACCCCUGAAACAGGUUGCCAGCUUGCUCGGCGAGUUCUUCACCUUGUCACCAGAACAGAGCCCCCCCAGCGACCCCCCGCAAGGGCACGCAUACCCCCAGUUUCAUGUUCCGACCAAGUUCGACGCCCCUCGAGAUCAAUGGGGUGAUUGUCAACCAUGGUUCCCCCUCUACGUGGAAUGGGAGCUUGAGUAUACGCACAUUCCGUUUGAGUGGUGGGCCCUGGAUGAACAACCUACCCGGCUGUCUGACAACAAGUUGACACGAUAUGGCGUGGAAAUCCCGAGCGGAAAGCCCCUAUGGGAGGAGAUAGGGAAACGGCCGCAUAAUCCCAACGACAAAGAACCACCCGAGACCCGGAUCCUGUCUGGUCGGGUGCUUAUCCUUCCUCAACCAAGCUUUUCGCUCGCUGCCAAGGUGAACCAGCUAUUCACCGACACGCCAAAGAAGAUUCUGAACCAGUAUCUUCCCGAGUCUGACCGUCAAGAUUUGCUCGAUAACAUCACCAAAUUAUCGUACCUGUCGUGCCCGCUCUCUGGGCUGACUGAGGGGUUGGUGACUCUGAAUAUGGGCACCCAUAUCAAACCAGAGUACAAGGAGGUGACGGGGGACGGAGAGAAGGUCACAGCCGUCAGAGCGGCCGAGUUCAAUGACGCGGGGCUUACCAAAGCCAACAUCGAGCUCAUCGAGGGUAACUCGGGCUUGACGCCAUACGCAUCCUCGGUGGGCUUUGAAACGGACAAGUAUUGUGCCUUCAAACCUGUCACGCACGGCCAGAUAAGAUUCAGGAAACUCAACAUCAUUGACAAGUUCGGACAGGCUGUGGUAGCCAUCGACCCGCAGCCUCGCAAGGACGGCCACCCUCCUCUGUACCCGAGCAUCAGCGACUUUUACGAGCCGCAACCGGUGCUGGUAGACGGACAGAAGGUGGCCAACACAGUUGUGCAGAACAAGGGCGCCACAUGUGAGUUCAUUCAGCUGCCGCCACAGAUCAACCAGAACGCGCGCCUGAAUGCCGAAUUUGUGACGGCUGCCUCCAUCGACUCCCGAAGACCACUACCAGGCACGGAGGUAGCAAAGCCGGCAUCGUACUGGCGUCCUACUACGGAAUGGGAAAACCCCAUCUGGGGUUGGAUCGUAGCCAACUAUGCCGACUACGGCAUCCAGUUGUUCUUGAAAGACGGGACCUUUUACGGGGAGGUGCGCAUCGGGGGGCCCAACGGCGCCUUGGAUUCACCCAAGUGGUCCCCUUUCGAACCCCCAGCGGCCACCGGGGGCGAGUUUAACCAAGAUCUCGCCCGUCUCGACGCCUUGAUCCAGCGUCUCCGAGAUGCCGACUACCUCAAGGGGUUUUGGUACAUGAUUACCACGGCACUCGACAACCUACCGCCGGCGCCAAACGCGUACGCCCAGUUCCUCGGAGCGGUCGUCGGAAAGCCUCUCGCACUAGUCAACACAGCGUGGUCGCUCGAGCUCGACUCCCCCCCGCUGACCAACCAAUCCACCAAACCCAAGAACUCAACCCCUGAACGGACGCUCAUCGGCUCCGACGAAAAUUCCACCUACACCUUCCACGUCAAGCUCGGCGACAAAGACCGCGGGUACGACGGCCUAGUCGGCUACUUCACGGGGUUCCCCGAACCCAACGAGAGCACCCACGAAGAGCUAGACUACGACCACAUCCAAACCUACUUCUACCCGACCAAACCCGACCCCAACCCCUACACCAACCUCAUCCCCAUCUCCAAAGCCAACUACCCCGCCCUCCAAGCCUACUACGCGCCCCCCUUCCCCGAAAACGACCCCCCCGACUACAAGCACAACACCUCCCCCUCCACCUACACCUCCACGCACAACCUCGAGCUCGGCAAGCACGUCUUCGGCGCCAUCGUGGACCCCUUCACCGCCAUCCACGCGUACUCGUCCUUCCUGCCCGCGCGGGAACUCGCCCUGCGCCCCUGGACCUGGCAGGACGCGCUGCAGAACAUGAUUGCCUUUUUGCACGCGGGGCCGUUCACCCUCAUCGACGACGUGGCAGCGUAUGAUGACGGGCAGCGGCUGACGGCGGACAAUGCGAAGCAGCGGCCGAAGCUGAAUGUGGGGCUGCCGGCGCUGGUGGGCGGGGAGUGGAAUUGGUUGCAGCCGUAUGUGGAUCCGAGUCCGCCGGUGGAUACGGCGGCGGCGGUGGGGGAGGAAACGGCGGUGGUGGGGGGUGGGGGGGAGGUAGUGGGAGGAGAGGGGGCAGGGGAAGGGGGAGGGGAGGAGGAGGAUGCGCCGGCGCCGGUGCCGGUGUACAACGCGUAUGGGAUUGAGCAAAAGGGGAAUCUGUUGAGUCCUGGCUUUCAGGCUGCGCCGUACUCUACGGUUGAGGGCUUCUUGAUGCUGAGGAGGCCUCUCAUGGCCGAGAAUCCGAACAACUAA